AAUCCAGUCGAUAGAGGCAGACCACACAACCACAGAGGGGUCCCUCCUGUUCCAAGGUCCCAAUCACAGUUGCAUGGUCUGCCACUUAUAAAGUUGGUGGGCACUACAUCUAUGUACUAUACAGCUUGGUGCCAGGAAAAGUAUGGAGGCCCAGAAGGACGACCCUCCACCAAAGCAGCAGCCUAUGAUCUACAUAUGUGCCGAAUGUCAUACAGAAAAUGAGAUAAAAGCCAGAGAUCCCAUUAGAUGUCGAGAAUGUGGCUACAGAAUUAUGUACAAGAAAAGAACAAAGAGAUUGGUCGUUUUUGAUGCGCGUUAAACAUUCCCCCAACUUUAUUUUCCCCUUGCUAUUUUUUUUUUUCUUAUUGAUUGUACCAAAUGCUGAGGUGUUGCAUUAUAAAUUAUUACAUGCUUUGUAAUAAAACAUUUUAAUGUUGAA